CUGUUUCCUAAAUGUUGUAGAGUCCGCAUACGUCAUUUUCCUGCGCCACACAGGUCGGCGCUCGCUACUCAUGUUUAGCGGAACGAGUUGCGCUAAUGUUCAACAUGGCUCUAAGCAAAACAUACGGACAAAAACCUAUUAAAUUCCAACUGGAAGAGGAUGGAGAAUUUUACAUGAUUGGAUCAGAGGUGGGAAAUUACCUGCGUAUGUUCAGAGGGUCUUUAUAUAAGCGCUACCCGUCACUUUCAAGAAGAUUAGCGACAGUAGAGGAGAGAAAGAAGAUAGUAGCAUCAUCUCACGAUCACGGUUACACCACUUUAGCCACCAGUGUGACGCUGCUGAAGGCCUCAGAAGUAGAAGAGAUAUUUGAGGGACAUGACGAGAAGUACAAGGCUGUGUCAAUCAGCACUGAACCUCCAGCUUAUCUCAGGGAGCAGAAAGCCAAGAGAAACAGUCAGUGGGUUCCCACUCUUCCCAACAGUUCCCAUCACUUAGACGCUGUGCCUUGCUCCACUACGAUUAACCGCAACCGACUGGGCCGUGACAAAAAGAGGACUUUCCCCCUCUGCUUUGAUGAUCACGACCCUGCUGUCAUUCAUGAGAAUGCCACCCAGCCUGAGAUCCUGGUGCCCAUCCGACUGGACAUGGAGAUUGACGGGCAGAAACUGCGUGAUGCUUUCACAUGGAACAUGAAUGAAAAGCUAAUGACUCCAGAGAUGUUUGCUGAAAUCCUUUGUGACGAUCUGGACCUGAGCCCACUGACCUUUGUUCCAGCCAUUGCCUCGGCCAUCAGACAGCAGAUAGAGUCCUACCCCACAGACAGCAUACUGGAUGAGCAGAUGGACCAGAGAGUCAUCAUCAAGUUAAACAUCCAUGUUGGGAACAUAUCUCUGGUGGACCAGUUUGAAUGGGACAUGUCUGAGAAGGAGAACUCUCCUGAGAAGUUUGCUCUGAAGCUGUGCUCUGAGCUGGGCCUGGGCGGAGAGUUUGUCACCACUAUCGCAUACAGCAUACGUGGCCAGCUCAGCUGGCAUCAGAGGACCUACGCUUUCAGUGAGAACCCUCUCCCCACGGUGGAGAUUGCCAUCCGAAACACAGGCGAUGCUGACCAGUGGUGUCCACUGCUGGAGACACUGACAGAUGCUGAGAUGGAGAAAAAGAUCAGGGACCAGGACAGAAACACAAGGCGGAUGAGACGACUUGCAAACACAGCCCCAGCAUGGUGAAGAUAACAGCCCUCUCCCACAACUAUGUAAAUCUGAAUAGGAAAUGCCAAUAGAGCUACAACCCAGCAUUACUGACAUAAAAACAUAGAGACAUUCCAUUGGCCAGUCCAGAUCCAGUCCCUCCAGAUCAGAGUAACUUAAUGUGAACUACAGCAACAUCUGCUCCAGUCUGGCCUAGUCAAAGCCCGUGUCGUGACCUUCCCCUGUACCCAAUAUCUGUCUGUUCAGAGACAGACGGUCUCUGUCUUGAAAUGUUGAAUUUUAUGGUAUCUUUAUUUGUCUUGUUUUGUGUUUGUGUAUAGAUGCCAUUUUGUAAACAUAAUGUGCUUUUAAAUAAAAUUAAGAUAAAAAAAAAUCUUGUUUGUUCCAAAAAGCUUGCAAAAUACUUUCAAGGAGAUUCUUGCUUCAGGGUGAAAUGAAAUAAGAGUCAGUAUUGUGUUCUGAACUAGCAAACUAAAGUGCUUUAGAUAUGGAUAAAAAAAUAAUAUGAGCCAUGUUCUUUUUUUAAAGCAGAAAAUCCAGCAACCAGAUGGCAAAAAUGAAAAUUUUAUUCAUCAGUCUUCAGACAAACAAGUUUGUAUUUAUAUUUAAAUAAACAAAAGUCUCCUUGCACAUA